UUAUUCCCAACCUCUGGUGUAUCCCAGACUUCAGUAUCCAUCUUUAAAAAGGAAAAAAAAAAAACCCAUUAGUUCUGAAAACCAAAAGCCGAUUACAGCUAUGAAAAUUCCAUCAUGUUCACACGCCCACAUGGUGUCGUACCUCGUCGUGUUGUUGCUUCUCCCCUUGCUUUCCUUCUCAGCCGAUCCCGAUUCCUUACAGGAUUUCUGUGUGGCGGAUCAAAGUGCCAGCUCUAUAUCAGUUGAUGGCUUCCCUUGCAAACCAGCCUCAAAAGUAACUUCAGAUGAUUUCUUUUUUGAUGGUUUGAGCAAAGUGGGUGACACAUCAAACAUCUUUGGCUCAAAUGUCACUGGAGGUAAUGUCCUUACUUUUCCUGCACUCAACACGCUUGGGAUUUCAAUGAACAGAGUGGACUUGGCUCCGGGAGGACUUAAUCCACCCCACACUCAUCCUCGUGCAACCGAGAGCGGUGUGGUCAUCGAAGGGCAAGUACUUGUGGGGUUUGUGACAACUGGGAAUGUGUAUCAUUCUAAAGUCUUGACUGCUGGGCAGAUGUUUGUCGUUCCUAAAGGACUUGUACACUUCCAAAAGAAUGUUGGAGUAGGGAAGGCCCUUAUCAUCACGGCUUUCAACAGUCAGUUACCAGGGGCUGUGGUCCUUCCCUCUACUCUGUUUGCUUCAAAACCCUCGAUUCCAGAUGAUGUCCUAACUAGGGCCUUCCAAGUAGAAGAAAAGGUUGUCGAAUCUAUAAAGUCGAAGCUCAGUUCUUGAGCUAAGACCAUCCACUCCAGAUAAUCUCCCCUUUAUCUGAAAAUUGUGUUGUAGUAAUGCUUUUGAUUUGAGGUUGCCUACCUCUUAUUCUUGUGCUGUUAUUCUUUGUAUUGAUUCAUUGUGUUGAUUUGAAGUUCAGUUCUUGUAAUGCUUGUGUUGUUAUUCAGGUUGUUUAUCUUUAUAGUCAUGGUUGCUUACGAUUAAAUAAGGAAAUAAAAGCUUUACGGUAGGAUGACACACUA